UCAAGGCAUUGGUACCAGCUCGCCGUGUGUUUUGAGUCAGGUUACGUAUCGAUUUAUGAUACCAGACAGACUAUCUGUGAUUCACCUUUACGCACUCUUUGGGAGUUUAAGGCCCACUUGAACGCCGUUCUUGAUAUCACCUGGAUCGCUGACGAUUGCUCCAAAAUCCUGACUGCCUCCGCGGACGCGACCAUUAGCCUGUGGGACGUGGAAUAACGUAUUUCGAGCGUGACCGCGGUUUUGUACAGAGACACGUCGACCAUUGUUUCCUGUGGUUCAGCCAUAGAUAACAUAAAAAUAUGGGACUGUCGCAAAAAUUUUGCUAUGUCGAAGAGGGCCAAUAAGCCGGCUAAUGUUUUGCGUUACCCGAAAGAACCGAACUGCUCCGAACGGCUGAAACGUUCCAGCGGAUUCACUAGUUUCUCUACCGACUCGGAUUUCGCCUAUUUGUUCGUGCCUUGCACGGAUGGUACGAUCUAUCAGUACGCGCUAUGCAAUCUCAGACCAUAUCCAGGACACCCCGUUUACAUCCUUGAAGGUCACGAGGAGGAAACUGAUGUUGUAGCGUGGAAUGACUACUUUCAGAUAUUCACGGCUAGCAACGACCUCACCUACCGACUGUGGACGAUUUUGCCUAAAGACGAGCCUUCGAUGCAUCGAAAGACAUCAAAUCGAGUAAACGCCAUUAAAUGCAGUUCGAGCGUCGAGAAGGAUGGCAACGCAGAUCUGAUGAGCGCCGUUCAGUCGUUCGAGAAGAUGAUCGUAACGCCGCACAAAGAUAUAGCCAGUAGUCAAACGGGCGGUCACCAAGCUGAAUUCCCGGCAAAGCGGAAACUGCCUUUCACAAGUCCUUUCAAGCAGACGACCGAUGGACAAACAACAUCUAGCAGGAAGCAGCUAAAAGUCUUCGACUUUCCAAAGUCCCCAGUUCAUCAUUUGCGAAACCCAUUCAACUUUCCUACCCCAACCUUUGAUCUUCCGAAUCGCGUUAUGCACCAGAAGCAACUGCAACGGACUACUGCGACGUCUGAAGCAGCGAGCAUUACAAUCAGCCAACCCGUGUGUGCCAUUUCAACAAGCAAAUUGCGGCCGUCAACGGUACAAAGGCCGGUGCACAAACUACUCACUACAAUGCCCGCUUCCAACAAGCCGCUGUGUAAAGGACUGCUGAAGCCCAAGUCUUUGUUGGAUUACUUCGAUGUACUCUAA